CAUGACUAACAAGAGCCUUCAGGUUUGCCCAUGUGGUUGGUCCAAGUGGACAACUUACCGAGGCCUGAGAAUUCACCAGGGGAGGAUGGGAUGCAGGCUUGAAAUCAGUCAUCCCCUGCAUGAUCCUGCGGGCGGUGGCAGCAGCUCUGAUGACAGUCUAGAAGAGGAUGAGGACUCUGGAGAGGAUGACAGGAAGGCAUCAGAGGAAGAAAGAGAAGAGGAAGACGACAUCAUCAUGGCUGACAGGAGAAUUCCUCUGGAAAAGGAGGAACGCACGUCUGAAAUCCAGAUCAGUCCUCCCCUGAAUGAUUCUGCAAGCAGUGGCAGCAGCUCUGAUGACAAUUGGGAGCCCCGUGGAACAAUAAAAAACAAGAAAGAAAAGGUUGGCAAAGGAUUUUUCCAAUUUAAUCACAAGAAGAAGAAGAAGGAACGCACGCCUAAACUGAAGAAAUCCAAAGACACCAAACAAAGGAGCCGUUCAUCUAGAGAGCCCACAGAAGAGGAACGAGGUCCAUCAGACCACCAGUGUGAGACAUACAGCGACCCACUGGGCCGCCGGGCUGAAGCCACCGACUGCCCGGAGGGCAGUCUGAGCGCCACGGCGACUGUCACAGACUCCUCCCCAGGCAACCCCAACCUUCAGGGCUUCAAUGGCUGUGCCCCGCCCUCCGAGUGCCUUGAUCCUGGGCCCAGGAAGCACUCCAUUGCCCUGGACCCGGAUCCGAUUCGGAAAGUCGUGAAAUGCUGCAACCAGCUGAACCCCAACCCCAAAUUUCUCCCCAACCACCAGUGUGAGACAUACAGCGACCCCGACGACCCACUGGGCCGCCGGGUUGAAACCGUCGACUGCCUGGGGGGCAGCCUGAGCGCCACUGCGACCAUCACAGAUUUUCAGACUUCGCCGCAACCACCUGUAAUCACCUGUGGUGGGGAUUUCUCCAGUUGCCGUCGAGAACUGAACUUCUCCACUGAGGACCAGCAGGUUUCCUCUAAAGCAAGCCUGGAUGAAUCUACAACCUCAUGUUUUGUUUCUGCAGAACGGAAGAGGACUCCAACAGUUUCAGACAUGAAGCCCUCCCUCCCCACCAUCAUCACUGGGAACGUGAGAUCCAUCCUGAACAAGAUGGACGAGCUAACGGCGCUAACCUGGUGCCAGAAGGAAUACCAGGAAUGUAGCCUGAUGCUGUUCAGUGAGAUGUGGCUAAAAGCAGAUAUCAUUGUUGGGGUGGAGGGGUUUCGGCUGAUAAGGGGAGACGGGUCACUAGACAUGGGUAAGGGGCGAGGAGGGGGGGUAGCUGCAUUUGUAAACAAUAGAUGGUGUCACCCUGAGAAGAUUACUGUCUGUGAGAGACUAUGCAACAGCGACAUUGAACUGCUAGCCAUUAGCAUGCAUCCAUACUGUCUCCCAGAGGAAUUCUCAGAGGUUAUUGUGGUAGUUGUGUACAUCCCCCCCUCUGCUGAUGCUUCAUCAGCCUGUGAAGCUCUUCGCUCUACUGUAAGCAGACUGAAAAGAAAGGAUCCAGAAGCUCUCCUCUUAAUCGCCGGGGACUUCAAUAAAGCAGCUGAUUUCACCUUGCCAACAUUCAAACAAUAUGUCAACUUUCUCACUAGAGGAGAUAAAACCUUGGACUUGUUUUAUGCAAACAUUGCCGAGGCAUACACAGCAUCACCCCUUCCUCCACUGGGGGGAUCCAACCAUGACUUGGUGUAUCUUCUCCCUGUGAACAAGUCUGAAGUGGACAGAGAACCAGCUGCCAGCCACACAAGGAAGAUCUGCUCUGAAGACAUGGUGGAGAAAUUAACAGAGUGUUUUGACAGGGUGUGGGAUGUGUUCCGUCAGGAUCAUGGGGAAGACGUUGACAGUUUUAUCAACUGCAUCACAGUGAACAUUAACUUAUGUGUAGACUCCACCAAACCCGCCAAGAUUGUAAGACUGUUGGUGAACAGCAAACCGUGGAUCACUAAUGGCAUAAAGACCCUCCUCGAGGAAAAAAGGAGGGUUUUUAUUUCAGGGGACAGGGAGCAGAUGAAGAAGGUGCAAGAACGAUUAAUUACGGAGAUCAAAAAAGGGAAGAGUAGAAAAAGAGAGCUGAAGGAAGAUGCAGAAAAAAGCAGUAGCAGAAGGUUGUCAGUGGUGUCUGGAGGAGUCUGAAAACUCUCUCUGGACACAACAACUCCAGACCUGUGCUGGGUUGGAAUCAGGAGUGGGUGAAUGACAACAGGUUUAUUAUUAUGUUCUUUUCUUCUUCUGUUGGUAUUUUCUGUUUGUUGAACUUUUAAACAGAACAAACAUCUUGUAUAUAACUGAUACACAAAGACUUUCUUUUCUUUCAUUUUCUUUAUGUUACUCCAUCCUUGUCUCUCCCAUUUACAGCAAGAUGAUAAAAAAAUACUGUAUGUGUUUGUAUAUCAUGCAUAUCGAAUGGAAUGGACAGGUUUUUCAACAGGUUUUAAUGGCCACUUCCCAGCUGUGCUCCCAGGAGAAUAAACCAACUACUGCAAUAUAUUUAUAUCCAUAUUUAGAUUUCUAUAUUGCAAGCAAUGCAAAUGUUUUAUUUGAUGUACACUAGCAUUAAUUUUUGCUUGCACCUUUUUAUCUGUGUGUAUUUUUUUAUUUAUGUCCUUUUACAUGUGAAUUUUCCUGUCCUGUGUGAAUAAUGUUGCUGGAAACACCACUGAUUUCUCCACUAGGAGAAUAAUAAAGAUACAUCUUAUCUUAUAUUCAGCCCAAAUCCUCAAAAAAUAACAAAUGUGAGGCUAUGUAGCUGCUGAAGAAAUUAUAAAGUCAAACUUACUGGAGUGAAAGUUGAGGUUUAAAAUUCAAAGGGGAUCUGAUACAUUUAUGAUGUUAGGAGCUGCAUUACUGAGCCUGUCUGAUGUUCAACGAGUGGAUGGUGUGAUCUUGAAUAAAUAAGGAUAU